AUGGAGACGUAUACUACUUGGUAUCAUCAUGGAGAACGAUUAGACCAAGCUUCGUCUUCAUACGUGACACGAGUGGAAACUGUUGAAUCUAAUGUGGAUCCUAAUGAACAAGUUAUGAAUAUUCUAAAUGACGUUUAUCCAUAUGCCUCGAGUAACACCAAUCAGGAAGGGGGAGAUGACGGUUGUCCAACCAUGGAUAGUGAGGCAUUCAAAAACUAUGAAAAACUAUUGAAAAAUGCGAAGCAAGAAUUAUAUCCGGGUUGCGAGAACUUUUCGGUGCUCACAGCAAUUGUGGAGUUGAUGCAUGGCAAGAUCAAGUUUCGUUUGUCAAACAAGUGUUUUGAUUAUUUUUUGGGAGUUAUCAAGAGGAUGCUUCCAAAGGAGAAUUGUUUACCUGAAGAUCAUAAAAGUGCCCAAAAAGUGUUGAAGGGUCUCGGAUUGGGGUAUGAAAAAAUUCACGCAUGUGUAAAUAAUUGUAUAUUGUUUUAUAAAGAGAACAAACAAUUGGAUAAAUGCCCUGUCUGCAAUGAGCCGAGGUUUAAAAUGACAUCACAGAAUAGAAAGACCAAGAUUCCACAAAAAGUAAUGCGUUAUCUUCCAUUGAAGCCUAGGUUGCAGCGAUUGUACAUGUCGAUGCAUACCGCAACCGACAUGAGAUGGCAUAAAGAAGGACGAGUAAAUGAUGAUGUUAUGAGGCAUCCUGCAGAUGGAGAGGCAUGGAAAGCAUUCGAUCGAAUGUACCCUGAUUUUGCAGCUGACCCGCGCAACGUCAGAUUAGGACUUGCCACUGACGGAUUUAAUCCGUUCGGGGUUUUAAAUCAAACCCACAGCACUUGGCCGGUUGUCGUAUUUCCUUAUAAUCUGCCACCUUGGAAGUGCAUGAAAAAAGAAUACAUGAUGUUGACUCUAUUAAUUACUGAAGAUCCAGGAAAGUCCAUUGAUGUUUAUUUGCGGCCGUUGGUUGAUGAGCUAAAAGAUUUAUGGGAAAACGGUGUUUGUACGUACGAUAAGUAUACUGGGCAGAUGUUUACCAUGCGAGCGGCAGUGAUGUGGAUAGUAAACGAUUUUCCCGCAUAUGCAAUGGUUUCUGGGUGGAUGACUAAGGGUUAUUUGGCAUGUCCAAUAUGCAAGGAGAACGUAACAUCUUCUUGGCAUGCAAGAAAAGUUUGUUAUCUUGGUCAUCGUAGAUGGCUUCCUUGGGACAAUGAGUGGCGUCAGAACGAUAAAGCUUUCCAUGGCACAAAAGAGACUCGGCCAAGACCAAGAGAAUGGUCCGGAGAUGAGAUUUUGGAUCAAUUAAACUGUUUGGAAUUUGGUCAUUUCGGCAAAGGGGUCAGUAAGCCUAGACCAACUACACAUCUGAACUGGACGCACAAGAGUAUGUUAUUUGAGCUCCCGUACUGGUCAAAGUUAAAAAUGAGACACAACCUCGAUGUUAUGCAUAUUGAGAAAAAUGUGUUUGAUACUUUGGUCGGGACAAUUCUAGACAUUGAAGGAAAAACGAAGGACACGAUCGAAGCUCGCCUCAAUUUGGAAUGA